AUGGCCACCGUCGAGACGAAGACCGGCCAGUCCGUCGAUCGCACGGUACUGGACUCGAUGCUCCGCCGUCGCAUGUUCUACACCCCCUCCUUCGAGAUCUAUGGUGGGGUGUCGGGCCUGUAUGAUUACGGUCCCCCGGGCUGCGCUCUGCUUGCCAACAUGACCGACCUGUGGCGCAAGCAUUUCGUGCUGGAGGAGGAUAUGCUCGAGCUCGAUUGCACCAUGUUGACCCCGGAAGAAGUCUUCAAGACCAGUGGGCACGUCGACAAGUUCGCCGACUGGAUGUGCAAGGACCCCAAGACUGGCGAGAUUUUCCGUGCAGACCAUUUGGUCGAAGAGGUGCUGGAGGCCCGAUUGAAGGGCGACAAGGAGGCGCGCGGCCAGAAGGUUGAGGUCGACGAGGAGAAGGAGGCCAAGAAAAAAAAGAAGGUCAAAGCCAGCAAGGCCGUCAAGUUGGACGACGCCCUGGUCCAGGAGUACGAGGAGGUGCUGGCCCAGAUCGAUAACUACGGCGGACCCGAACUAGAGCAGCUGAUCGCCAAGUACGACAUCCGCAACCCGACCACCGAGGGCAACCUACUGCCGCCCGUCGCCUUCAACCUGAUGUUCCAGACCUCAAUCGGCCCCAGCAGCAACAUGCCGGGCUACCUGCGGCCCGAGACCGCCCAGGGCCAGUUCUUGAACUUCCAGAAGCUCCUCGAGUUCAACCAGCAGGGCAUGCCGUUCGCCUCAGCCUCAAUUGGCAAGUCGUUCCGCAAUGAAAUUUCUCCUCGCGCCGGUCUGCUGCGCGUGCGUGAGUUCCUGAUGGCCGAGAUUGAGCACUUUGUCGACCCAGAGGGUGGCAAGAAACACCCGCGCUUUGCGGACGUCAAGGAUGUCGAGCUGUCGCUGCUCGAUCGCAAUGUGCAGCUGUCCGGCAGCACCGAAACGGUGCUGAUGACCGUCGGCAAGGCGGUCGAGACCGGCCUGGUGGAUAACGAGACACUGGGUUACUUCCUGGUCCGCAUUCAGUCCUUCCUGCUGAAGCUUGGUAUCGACCGCUCUAAGCUACGCUUCCGCCAACAUAUGGCCAACGAGAUGGCCCACUAUGCCACCGACUGCUGGGACGCUGAGCUAAAGAAUAGCUACGGCUGGAUUGAGUGUGUCGGCUGUGCUGAUCGUAGUGCCUACGACUUGACCGUGCACAAGAACAAGACCGGCGCGCCGCUCGUUGUGCGCGAGACUCGCUCGGAGCCCCUUCGCAUUGAGGAGUGGCAGGUUGACAUCGACAAGAAGAAGUUCGGUCCCCGCUUCAAGAAGGAUAGCAAGUCGGUCGAGGCGGCGGUCGAGGCGCUGUCGCAGGAACUGCGUGAGAAGCUCUCCCUGGACCUCGAUAAGAAUGGCAAGAUCGAGGUGGAAGUCGAGGGCAUUGCCACCCCCAAGGUCGAGUUGGACAAGGACCUGAUCAAGAUCGAGAAGCGCACCCGCGUCGAGAACAUCCGCGAGUACACACCCAACGUCAUCGAGCCGUCCUUCGGUAUCGGCCGUAUUCUGUACAGCAUGAUCGAGCACGUCUACUGGUCGCGCGAGGGCGACGAGGCCCGCGGUGUCCUGUCUUUCCCCCCGGCCAUUGCACCCACCAAGGUCCUGCUGGUUCCACUCUCGACUCACGCCUCGUUCAAACCCCUGACGCAGGACCUGACCUCGAAGCUGCGCCGCCUGGGCAUUUCUACUCGGGUCGACGACUCGUCCGCCUCCAUUGGCAAGCGCUACGCCCGCAACGACGAGCUGGGCACGCCGUUUGGCAUCACCGUGGACUUCCAGUCCGUCAAGGACCGCUCGAUUACUCUGCGUGACCGCGACUCGACCAAGCAGGUGCGCGCCAGCGAGGACGAGAUCCUGCAGGCGCUCAAGUCGAUCGUCGACGGCGACGAGACGUGGGAAGAUGUGCGCAAGCGGCUGCCAGAGUUUACUGGGCAAGAGGUGGAGUAG